AAAUCUCCAGUCAGACGGAAAAAAUCCUGUAGAGUUCAGUAAUCACAGCUGCACAUCUCCCAUCCGACCAUGUUUGGCCGUACACUCACCCGCCAGUUAUCGCGCCCGGCCUCGCGCCGCUGGCUGUCCACCGCGUCGGGUUCAGGUCUCCGCAUCAACCCGGAUCGUCUCAUGGAGACUCUUCAUCAAACGUGUGAAUGGGGAGCUGCUCAUCGCUACGGCGAGGGACCGACAGAGACUGGCAUGGCCCGACUCUGCCUGACCGAUGAUGAUGCCAAAGUGCGCCAUUGGCUGCGAGAGGAAGUUGAGAAGCUCGAUUGCACCGUCACGGUGGACCAGAUGGGCAACAUGUUUGCCAGACAGCGAGGGUCUCUGGGAUCCCCCGCGCCCAUGACGGCCAUGGGCAGCCAUCUAGACACUCAGCCCAGGGGUGGUCGCUAUGACGGGAUUCUGGGUGUGCUCGCGGCCCUGGAGGUCUUGCGCACCAUGAAGGAGAAUGGAUUCCGUACCAACUUCGACAUUGGACUGGUUAACUGGACUAAUGAGGAAGGUGCUCGAUUCCCCAAGUCCAUGUGCUCCUCAGGUGUCUGGGCAGGAGAAAUCCCCCUCGAGAAAGCCUGGGGAUUGACAGACAUCUUCAACCCGGCCGUGACCCUGCGCUCGGAGUUGGAGCGUCACGGCUUCCUCGGUUCGGUGGCCUGCUCCCAUGACCCAGCUACUGGAUAUCCGCUGGGAGCUCACUUCGAACUGCACAUCGAGCAGGGUCCGAUUCUCGAAGAGGCGGGCAAAUCGGUGGGUGUCGUGCGUGGAGCGCAGGGAUACCGGUGGUUCACCAUCACUGUGGGUGGUCGUGAUGCCCACACCGGCACGACACCACUGGCAGCGCGUCGGGAUCCGGUUCUCGCUGCAUCCAAAAUGAUUGUGGUCUCUAAUGCCAUUGCCAAACGGCAUGGGGCACUCGCCUCCACAGGCGUGAUGAAGCUGCCGCGCAGUUCAUCCACCAACACGAUCGCCUCCGAGGUGACCUUCACCCUGGACAUCCGCCAUCCCCUGGAUGCUGUGGUGAACACGGUGCAGGACGAAUGUCUGCAGGCGUUUGCUGAGAUUGCACUGGAGGACGGCAAGGGCGUCUCGCUGGACUGGACGCUGGACACGGACUCUGCUGCGGUGAAGUUUGACGAGCACUGCAUCACCGCUAUCCAGGACGCAGCUACGCAGCUGGUCGGCAAGGACCAGUGGAUGCCAUUGACUAGCGGAGCGGGCCACGAUAGUGUGUAUACCAGUCGGCACUGUCCCACGGCGAUGAUCUUUGUGCCGUGCAAGGAGGGUGUCAGCCAUCAUCCUGAGGAGUAUUGUAGUCCGGCUGAUUGUGCUCUCGGUACCCAGACGCUGCUGGAAGCUGUGGUCAACUAUGACCGCAUGAGAGGAGAGCUUUCCAAGGCCUGAAGAGACGGCCAAUAGUCAUGCACCAUCCUUGCGUUAAAAGAAUUCAAUAACUGCUGCAUGGGUUGUGUUGUUGUUUACUUUCCAUAUACGAUAUAUUACUGAAUGUUUCUCGUCCGUUUGGGAUUAGAGGGUCUUGUUGUAUU